GCGGCGUUCGCACAAGUGCAAUAAAAGUGAAGUUGAGUUAAAGUUAAAGUUAAUUAUGUCGAAGCGACCGCAUGGUGAAUCUCGAGAAGAAAGAUGGAUGAGAAAAUUAAAAAUGUACGAAGAAAAACUUGAAGCAAAACGUAAACGGCGCACUGAUCAGUCGCAAAACAUAGCUCCAAAUGAGCAGGAUGUGCAAAACGAAGAGCAUACCGAGCACAAUGAAGCUAUACAAUUUGAUGGCUACCAACCUAAUGAAACUGAGGACUUGCGAGAUAUCUGCAACAUCGAAGAGCAGCAAACGCGCGAUGUGGAAUACGACGAUUACACGUACAAGCAUGUCGUAUACGGAGACGCUAGUGAAAUCACUGAAACCACAGCGUGCACCAGCCCGUGUUCCUUUACAACUGGUGAGAGACAGGAGAACUUGGUAGAAGAUGAGUUCGACCCUAGCUUAUUACAAGAACUAGGAAAUGUAGAAGCGGAUCCUCUGGAGUUUGGUGAUGAUUUGCAGGCCGAAGUAGCUGCGAGGUUCCAGAAAAUUUUGCUGGACGGCCUUAAAAAAGAAAAGAAAGAGGAGCUUUUGAAAAAAUACCCAUUUCCCAAAAACGUUCCGCUGGCAAAAAGCCCGUCUCUAAACCCGGAAAUUGGAGCCAUGCUGGCCGAGGCAUGCAAGUUGAGAGAUAAACGGCUGCUUGCAAAGCAGGACCAACUUGGCAAACUGAUUCUCAUUACGCUGAAACUGAUACCCGCCACUCAGUCAUUAUGCCGCUAA